UGUCUGAGCCCACUGCUGCUUCCGUGUCAAGUGAAGUUCCUCCUGCCGCUGGACGGUCCACCGCUGCCAAAAAACAAACUCUCUUCACACAAUGCGUGCGAUUCCUGAGGAGUUAACGACGCUCAUUUCAGAUCUAGAACAUUUCCUCAAUGAUGGGUUGAGAGGAGAAAAUUUAAGCAAGAGGGCAAAAGAGAAGAAGGAAGCCUUCAUCAAACGGAUCAAAGAGGUCAAACAGGGCUUUCCACAUGAUUUUAAGGAAAAAAUAGGUGGAGAUGACUCAGAGGACUCAGAGGAAAUUGACAGCAACAACGAUGGAGGGUCGCUGCACUCGGAGCGCACAGACAAGGAUGAAGACAAUUGCGAAGGUGCCCAGCAGUCCCCACCUGUGGCAGCUCAGGACCUGAUUUCUGUCUUCAAAGCAGGAUACCUUGAGAAACGCAGAAAGGAUCACAGCUUCUUUGGCACUGAGUGGCAGAAGAGAUGGUGUGCUCUAAGCCAACAUACCUUCUACUAUUAUGGCAGUGAGAGAGAUAAGCAGCAGAAGGGUGAGUUCAGUAUUGAUGGGUACUCUGUCAAAAUGGUCAACACCUUACGGAGAGACUCAAAGAAAGACUGUUGCUUUGAAAUUUCGGCUCCAGACAAGCGGGUCUAUCAGUUUUGUGCGUCAUCGGUGAAAGAGGCGGAGGAAUGGGUGAAACAGAUAGACUUUGUUUUGAGAGAUAUGACGGGGAUCAUCCCAGAGGAAGAUGACGAGGACCAGGAGAUGUACGAUGAUGUUGGACCUAUAGCUAAUACAUCUGAAACUGAGCCGAUUGACGAAGACAUCUAUGAAGAGCUCCCAGAGGAUGACAUGCCCACUCCAGCAAAGCCUCCUCCGAAGGUGGAGCCAUCGACCAAACCUGCUCCUCCUGCUGCAGUUGAUAAGAGCAAAGACUACCAGAACUACUACCAGGGCUUAUGGGACUGUGCAGGGGACCACCCAGAUGAGCUGUCCUUCAAACGUGGAGAUGCCAUCUACAUCCUGAGCAAGGAGUACCAGAACUUUGGCUGGUGGGUUGGAGAGAAGAAUGGAAACAUAGGAAUCGUCCCCAAAGAGUACCUGAUGGAGCUUUAUGCCUUAUGAAUUCACCCUAUGAUCAUUCCCUCCUAUAUCCGCUGUAAGAGACUGAUGAUUGGAUAAAAAAAAAGGUUUUCGUAUGACUGAAGCACAUGUUUAAGAAUAUUUUUCUACUUUGCACUGCUUGUUUGUAUUUCUUUUCUAUACAAGAUACACUUUUUCCACAACAACAUUUCAUGCUCUGCUUUAUGGCAAAUUUGGUAUUUGCAAAUGGCAAGAUAAAUAAAGAUUGAAACAUA